CAUCUGACGAUCUCCGACUGACUUCAUAUUCUCGUCGUCGUCGUCGAUCUCGGAUAGUCAGGCGGUGGCGGCCAUGGCGGAGGACGCCACCAGCAGCCACCCGUCUCGCUACGUCAAGCUCACCAAGGACCAGGACGCCCCCACCGAGGACAUCCGCCCCGGCGAGCUCAACCAGCCAGUCCACGUCCCGCAGCUCGAAGGCCGGAGGUGCAGCGAGUGCGGCCAGGUCCUGCCCGAGAGCUACGAACCGCCCGCCGACGAGCCCUGGACUACCGGAAUCUUCGGAUGCACCGACGACCCCGAAACCUGCCGAACUGGAUUGUUUUGUCCUUGCGUGCUGUUUGGACGCAACGUUGAGGCUCUUAGAGAGGACAUCCCAUGGACAACUCCUUGCGUCUGCCAUGCUGUGUUUGUGGAAGGAGGGAUCACGCUGGCAAUUCUGACAGCAAUAUUUCAUGGUGCGGAUCCAAGGGCAUCAUUUCUGAUUGGAGAAGGUUUGGUGUUUAGUUGGUGGUUAUGUGCUACGUACACUGGCAUUUUCCGUCAAGAACUUCAGAGGAAAUACCACCUUAAGAACUCUCCGUGCGACCCAUGCAUGGUCCACUGCUGCUUGCACUGGUGUGCAAACUGCCAGGAGCAUCGCGAGAGGAGGGGUCGGCUCGCAGAGAACAAUGCUGUGCCCAUGACGGUUGUGAACCCACCUCCAGUGCAAGAGAUGAGCAUGUCAGAGAACCGUGCUCCUGCGGUCCCGGAGAAUGGAGCAGCGAAUGCCGAGCAUGAAGCAGCAAAGACCGAGCACGAUGACAUUGAGGUCAUCCCUCUGUAGGUGUACUAGGAUCAGGAGUACUAGGAUGGGUAGCGUGAAACUGAUCCGAGUGAGCAUGUGGUUAAUUUCUUAUGAAUGUGAGGACCCAAGGAAGUUGGUGAUAACAGAGGAGUUGAUCCAGCUAUUGGUUCUGUACUCUCUCAAAUUAAUGUAUACUGGACGGACUAGUUUUAUUUUGAGCACCUGUGCUGCUCGUGCAUAGGUUAAUCGAAUCCAAGAGCUAGCCGCCUGUGCUGCUCGUGCCUAAGUUUAGCUUUGAA